ACGCACACCGUAAGCGUCAGUAACCAUGGCAACUGCAAACAUUGGCGGAAGUGAAGUUUGUGAGAUGCUUGAGUCAUGUCUAGCAGUAAGGAGCAGGCCUCCAUCAGUCAGGUGAUGUGUUUCCUCCACGAGUGGGAUCAGGGCAGUAAGACGGUGCGCAGUCGAAUGCUAAGUGACUUUCUGGCUAAGAACACUGGAAAGACGUGUCCUGAACUGGAGCUGGAGUUCGCACAAGUUGCCAGCCUGUUCCUUGCUCGGCUCACUGCCUGGAUAAGACUAACCUAUAUGUUUGGUACAUGUCUAGACCUUCAGCUGAGAGCAGUGGGGGUUUUCCUGUCUGCUAACAGCAGUCAUCAGUACAUGAUUGAGUUUCUGGAAGUGGGUGGAGUGCUUACCCUGCUUGAGAUUCUAGGACAAGACAAACUCAAGGAAGAGGAUAAAACAGAGGCUCUUCACCUGCUCCAGAUCAUCGCCAACGCAAGCCAAAAAUAUAAAGAGCUAAUCUGUGAAAGCUAUGGUGUGAAGGCCGUAGCUGAAUGUUUGGCCAAAUCUGAGACAGAAGAGACUCAGGAGAACGCAGCCGCCCUGCUAGAAUCUUUGGCCCAUGGAAACCCCAAAUACCAGAAUCAGGUGUACAAGGGCCUGAUCGCCCUACUGACCUGCACCUCACCAAGAGCACAGCAGCUUGUUUUACAGAUCCUACGUAUAGUUCAGCCCAUUGUAAAAACAGCCCAUCACAGCAUAGUGGAACCCUUAUUAAAUCUGCUGAGGUCCCUACAUUUAGAAGUGCAAUAUGAAGCAAUAGAACUGAUAACAGAGCUUAUGCAAUCAGAGGUUAGACUGGCUCUGCUCAGGGGUCUGGUGGCUUUUCUCAAACCAACUAAAGAGAGAAAUCCCAAACACAAGAUCCUGGAGGAUCCAGAGGUGGCCAAAAUGACUGAUUCACUCCCUGUGCUUCUCCAGCAAGCAGCUACUGCAAAAACCAUCAGGAUUCUGGCACAGAAAAGUGAAAAGAUAUCCAAAGAGCUGCUCUCUCUCAGAGUGAUCCAUCACUUACUGUUUGCAAUGGGGAACCAGGAACAUGCAGAUUCCCAGAGACAAGCCAGCCUGGCUUUGGAGCAUUUUGUGCGCAUGUAUCCAGUGGUGGAAGAGCAUGUACGCAGAGCAAUGGGCACCAGACUCUUUGAGUCUUUUAUGCACAAUGCUGAUGUCCUACAUUUGAACAUGGAUGACAUUCAAGCUGACAUUUUAUGCUCAAAUAAAGUGAACAUUUCAUGUGUGCUUGAGGAUCAGAAUUCAGAUUCUUGA